CUAUCGUGGAGGGGUUCAUCCCACCCUCUUCCCAAUCUUUUCAACUAUAUAAUACCACCCUCCUCUGCUCCUCUUUUGCCCCUCUCUUCUUCUUCUCCUCAGUCCUAUCCGAUACAAAACCGUUUUCUGUCAUCCUCUCAGAAAUCAAUCCUCCCCCCAACCGUCACCAUGGCUCCCAAGGUUGCUAUCGUCUUCUACUCGAUGUACGGCCACAUCCAGAAGUUGGCCGAGGCUGAGAAGAAGGGUAUUGAGGCUGCUGGCGGUUCCGCCGACAUCUACCAGGUCGCCGAGACUCUGCCCGAGGAGGUCCUUGCUAAGAUGCACGCUCCUGCCAAGUCCAGCUACCCUGUCGUUGAGCCCCAGACUCUCCUCGAGUACGAUGCCGUUCUCUUCGGUAUCCCCACCCGCUACGGUAACUUCCCUACCCAGUGGAAGGCGUUCUGGGACAAGACCGGCGGCAUCUGGGCCACCGGUGGCUACUGGGGCAAGUACGCCGGUCUCUUCAUCUCCACCGGUACCCAGGGUGGUGGUCAGGAGUCCACCGCUCUUGCUUCCAUGAGCACCCUUGCUCACCACGGUUUCGUCUACGUUCCUCUCGGCUACAAGACCGUCUCCGGCCAGCUGUCCAACCUCAACGAGGUCCACGGUGGCAGCCCCUGGGGUGCCGGUACCUUCGCUGGCCCCGACGGAUCGCGCCAGCCUUCCGCUCUUGAGCUCGAGGUUGCCCAGGAGCAGGGCCGGGCCUUCUACGAGCACGUCUCCAAGCACACCUUUGCUUGACUACAUGGUAGCGAGCAGACCCAGUCGGAGUCGCCUGCUGCUGCCGCUGCUACCCAGCCCCAGCAGAAGACCGAGACGGAGAAGCCCGCGCCUACACCUGCACAAAACGGACAAAGCACCCAGGGAGCGACCCGGGAGGAGAAGAGCAAUGAGGGACCUUGUGGCCUGCCCAAGAAGUGUGUUAUCCAGUAGAAAACUGACUUGCUCGAUACCCUACCGGUUUCAUUCUCUAUAACUGGCUCGCUUUUGUUUCUGUUUCGGUUGGGAUGGCGUUGGGUGAUCAAUUUGGGGGUUUUAAGGUAUAUAAUUUAAGUGAUACACCAGACUUCGG